UUGAGGUAGCGGCUAUGUUGGUGACACUGUAGUAAACUGAACACUGUGAAGGAACUGUGAGAGAAAUAGUGUUAAGUAUUGUUGUGUGUGACUGCUUAGUGAGGACAGAAGUGUAAGAAGUAAUAUGUAUGGAUGAAAUAGUGUAAAACCUUCUUCAGUACGUCUCGGCGCGUAUAGGCUGAGGCCGACUGGGGAAUGGUAUCGAAUCAUGGGCGCUCAGCAAGCUAAGGAACGCGUCGUAUCGGGAAGCAAUCUCAAUGUUAGAAAUACUAUUAGAAGCAAACCAAGAACUCAGAAGGAUGGUCGACAGCAAGGAUCUAACAUUUUCACGGAACAUAGUGGCUCGCCGCUAGAAUGGCAGUGGGUGAGCGACGGUGCGCGUGUUGCAGAGGCGUUGCUGCAGAGCCGGCCCCUGCCGCACAUCCCGGACGUGCCCGACGGCGAGACACUGGGCCAGGUGGGCUCCGUGUCGGGGGCCGGGGCGGGGGCGGCCACGGGGGCCGGCUGCGUGCCGGCCGUGGGUGGCGGCGGCGGCUCCGGCGGCGGCGGGGGCGGGUCGGCCACCGCCGGCUCGGGCUCCGGCUCGCUGGACGCCGCCGCCCGCUGGACCUCCAAGGAGAACCUGCUGCAGGCGCAGGAGGACGACGACCCGCAGCUCUUCGUCGCUCUCUACGACUUCACGGCCGGGGGCGAGAACCAGCUCAGCCUCAAGAAGGGUGAGCAGGUUCGUAUCCUGAGCUACAAUAAGUCGGGUGAGUGGUGUGAAGCCCACUCAGCCUCCGGCCAGGUUGGCUGGGUGCCUUCUAAUUAUGUGACACCUGUCAACUCACUGGAGAAACACUCCUGGUACCAUGGGCCAAUCUCGCGAAAUGCAGCCGAGUACUUGCUUAGCUCAGGAAUCAAUGGGAGCUUCCUUGUACGUGAAUCAGAAAGCUCACCCGGUCAGAGAUCCAUCUCACUGCGCUACGAGGGCAGAGUGUACCAUUAUCGAAUCUCUGAGGAUAGUGAGGGGAAGGUGUAUGUGACAACAGAGAGCAAGUUCAACACACUUGCAGAACUGGUUCAUCACCAUUCGAUGCAUGCAGAUGGCCUUAUUACGCAGCUUUUAUACCCAGCUCCCAAACACAACAAACCGACUGUGUUUGCCCUUAGCCCAGAACCCGAUGAAUGGGAGAUCAACCGCACAGACAUCGUCAUGCGACAUAAAUUGGGCGGAGGACAGUAUGGUGAUGUGUAUGAGGCAGUUUGGAAACGUUACAAUGUAACUGUUGCAGUCAAGACACUCAAGGAAGACACCAUGGCAUUAAAAGACUUCCUAGAAGAGGCUGCCAUCAUGAAAGAGAUGAAACAUCCUAAUUUGGUUCAAUUAUUAGGUGUUUGUACCCGUGAACCUCCUUUUUAUAUAAUAACAGAGUUCAUGAGCAAGGGUAAUUUACUGGACUAUCUGCGCACUGGAAGUAAGGAGCAUAUAACAGCUGUUGUUUUGAUGUAUAUGGCCACCCAGAUUGCUAGUGGUAUGAGCUAUCUUGAAAGCCGCAGCUUUAUACACAGGGAUUUGGCUGCUCGGAACUGUCUUGUUGGAGAGGAUCACUUGGUCAAAGUGGCCGAUUUUGGACUUGCACGCCUAAUGAGGGACGACACAUAUACAGCUCAUGCUGGGGCUAAAUUUCCUAUUAAGUGGACUGCACCAGAAGGUCUGGCAUACAACAAGUUUUCAACAAAGUCUGAUGUGUGGGCAUUUGGAAUCCUCUUAUGGGAAAUAGCAACUUACGGUAUGUCACCAUAUCCAGGGGUGGACCUUACUGAUGUGUAUCACAUGCUAGAAAAAGGAUACAGGAUGGAAUGUCCUCCAGGCUGUCCACCAAAGAUUUAUGAGCUGAUGCGCCAGUGUUGGCAGUGGAAUGCCAGUGACCGGCCGUCCUUCCAAGAAAUUCAUCAUGCACUGGAAAACAUGUUUCAAGAGUCUAGCAUUACUGAAGAAGUUGAAAAACAACUUCAAGGUGGAGGAACACUUCAGCUCUCAUACAAGAAACCCCAUGCUGGAAGUACAGGCAACAUCCAUGGACUUGUUGUAAUGUCAGAACAGAUGGCAUCAGCUGGUGUUGUAACAGAUGGAGCAGUAAGCAAGUUGAGCACAUUUUCAAGUGGUCCUGUACAUGCUAGCAGCAAAAGCAAUCUUGUGCAGCUUAGGAGGCCGACCAAUCGUAAAGGCAAACAGGCUCCUGCACCACCAAAACGUACCAGGCUUGCAUUGACCCCUCGUAGUCUGCUCUCUUCUUGCAGUUCCUUCCGUGACAGCACCUAUGUUGACCAUGACCCAUUGCAGCCUCCAGAUCAGCAAGACGAGACAACCUCUGAUUUAAAUGGUAUUGAUAAGAUAUUUGAAGGUAUAACACGAGAUCUGCAGAGCUUGGCAGCUAGCAAUAAAGGUGACAGUGAGAGUGACCUUCAAGAUCAAACACCGGAUACUGAUGACUCAGGGGCACACUCUUAUCCUGAUGCACCCACAGGAGCUUUCUUUCCUUCCACUAGUUCCUUCAAACGUGCGCCAAUCAUGGGUAAUCGAGGCUUAGAGCAACGAGGAAAGAAGUCUCGAGCCUCGGCCACUAAAGAAUCUUCAUCCCAAAAGGUUGUGCAAGUUGUAGCUCUUGAGGUGAAAAAUGUAACACGAGCCAUAAAUCGAUAUGGCACACUACCCAAAGGAGCCCGCAUUGGAGCAUACCUGGAGUCAUUGCGGCAGAGUGGUCUAGCAGGAGGAACAGAUGCUGAUGAAAUGGACCAAGGAGAAGAAAUGGUAGAGCAGCAAUCUAUGAAUGAUCUUCCUACUCCCCAUCGUUCAGUGUCACCAAGAACUAACAUACGUACCCAGCCUCAGAUGAUACGUAGCAACUCGUCUGGAGGAACUGUUGGAGGCUUCCAUCAGCAUCACCAUCCACCUUCUUCACCAACUGCAAGCAAAUUACAACGACCUCGCGCAGCUGGAAAUACUCGUAAUCAUGGGCCGGAGAUGCGUACGUUCCGUGCACCAAACACCUCAACUUUCCGUGGGGGCAGUCCUUCAAGAGUGCUUCAGCCUUCAUUGGCUGAUUUGGAGUUUCCACCACCACCUUCAGAUCUACCCCCUCCCCCAGAAGAGUUUGACUGUGUUAGUGAAACCCCAAUGACCCCAGAACCACCUCCACCUUUGACUGCUGCUUCCCCCAGCCCAGAAAGACGACGACUCCGCUCUGGUGCUGCUUCUGGCAAGCCAUCAGGACUUUCUUCACCUCGUAGUUUGCGGAAGUUAGCUCACAGUUCCAGUUUAGAUCAACCUUCUCCUCAUUGGGCCUCAUCAAAUGAGGCUGAACGGAACUAUCCAAUUGUAGAACCCAUUUUUCCGCUGGAUCAUAGUGACCAAGAGCGGGAUAGCCCUCAUACCACGCAAACCAGUGAUGUUCGAAACACUGAACCAUCUGUAGAGGAGGCAAGUUCUAGAUUUGGUGUGAGCCUGAGGCACCGUGAACCAUCUACUGACUCCUGCAGCAGUGUUAAGUCAGGAAGAGACAGGGAAGAUUCCUGUCAGUUGACGCAGAGUGGUCGCCGAAGUUCGAAAGGACGGCCUCGUGAUCGCCCUCCAAGUCCACCAAGAUCCAGCAGAAGUUUAACAUCUCCAAGUCUUGAAACAAAAAGUCCUCUCUCCCCUGGUAGUGAUGCACCUGCACUGUAUUCACCUCCAGCACUUCCUUCUGAAACUUGUUCCUCCCCAACCCAGAAUAAGGAUUUUCCUAACUUCAGUGAACCUGAUUGCCAUCAUCCAGACGAAGAAAUGUGCUCCCCAAAUGAGAAUGAUGAAACAGAGAGGAGACCUUCUUGUAGCAAACCUGCAAAAAGUGUACCAUCAGAUGUGAAAGACCUGUUGGAACUUAAAUUGAUGGCAGAGAUUAAAGAGAGAGCUGAUAGAGGCUUUGGACGGAAUGGGUCAAAAGAAUCUCCACAUGGUGAUCAACCGUCUGCAUUAAUUGACCCAUCAGCACAAAUGGUUUCAGAACUUAAUGAAACUCUGCUGCAAGAAAACAGCCGACAAGAAUCAGCUUCUGAUAUUAGCUUUAAUAAAACUUCUCCUGAUUUAGGAGGAAAAGCAUCUGGUUCUCCAGUUGAUAUAAAAUCGAAUCUGCGUAAGUUCAGUCGAGGAUCAGACAGUUCAAAAUUGUAUGAUCAGCAGACGAGCUCUAACCAGGAGCCAGUAGGUAGUAACUUAGGUGGGUUUAAAGCUCAGCUGAAGAAAAUUGAAGCUGCUCCUAAGAGAGUGGGUGCAAAGGAGGAGAAUGAGGACCAUUCUGUUUCCAUCAUAGACUUUAAAUCUCGUUUACGUAAGGUAGAUAACACUGGAGAUAAAUUAUCUGAAAAGGUCUCAAAGAAAUCAGAAAAUGAAAAAGCAGAAGAGGAGCAGGGACAAGAGGACGAGAAGCGUCGAAAUAGUGUACAUUUAGAUGGUGACUAUCAUGAGGACGACGCAAAAAAGAGGGACAGUACAGUGAGUGCCCAUAGUCUAGAUGGAGGAUCAUUGAAAGUAGACGAAACAGAGGACAAACGACGUAGUACAGGUAGCAUAAGUAGUUUAAAAAAACUGUGGGAAAAUAAAGAAUCAACAUCCGAGUGUGCCCCUGGCCAAGUGAGUCCAAAAUUAACGUUAAAGACAGCAGUCAAGCCUGAAGUUCCUUCUCGAACGUGUCGUGACACACCGUGUGAUGAUGAUGAUAGGUCUAGGAGUGAAGAAAAUAACAAAGAUCAUAGUUCUCCAGAAGAUGCACCAAGCAGGAUUAACAAGGUAUCUGUAGGUGAAAGAAGAGUGUGGCCCCCUACAACAAGUGAUGAAAAACCUGCAGUUCCUACUAAACCAUUAGUAAAAGCUUCCAAGCCAGUUAUAUUUUCUUCCAAACUUCCUACAAGCUCAGCAGCUAUUUAUGCAACACCUUCUAUGUCAAAACCUUCUGUCAUACCAAAAAGCAGUAGUAGUGAUAGCAAAACAGAAGAAGAGACAUGUGGGAAACUGGAAAGUGAAAAGGACGCUAAAGAUGAGCGGGAAAGUGUUCUCGAGAUUUCACAAGCCUUAGAAACGAGUUUAUCUGUGUUAAGGUCAUCUCCAAAUGUAUCGACAGGCAGCUGGCUGCAACUGUCAGACAAAGUUGGUUUGUUCCAUUCUUCAUGUGUAGGUUAUGCUGAUAGGGUACCACCUCACACACGGUUUCAUUUCCGUGAAUUACUUACUAGACUGGAAACUCAGGCUCAACAGUUACGCUCAGCCAGUGUUAGAAACUCAGCUGAUAAUACGCGGCUUUUCACUGAAGUACAGAAUACUGUGAAAGAUGUGAUAAAUGCUGUGCAAAGAUAGGUCCAUUAAAUGUAUGAUAAAGACUGAUUUAGUUUAUGGUAACUGCACCUACUGUAGAAGAUCAUUGAUGUGUUUCACGUGUGUGUGUAGGAAUGAGCACACUUCAUCUGAUCUCUUCUGAGAUUUAAAAUAGAGUCAUCCGUGUUCAUCUAGGUGAAUGUGUGUGUCUUUUUUUUAGGCAUUAUGCGUACUUAUUGUACUUGUGGAAUUUUCUGUGAUGUGUGUGAGACUCAGUGGUUUUUUCCUCAGUCGUGAAUAUCCAUUGUAAGAAGUGAAGAGCAGGUUAUAGUUUCCUGGUGAGGAAUGUAAUCAGAAGGUUAUUAAAGCAGGAAAUACGUGUUAAGAUGGUAAAAUGUUUGUGCUGAGAGCCGAAGUCUGGUAAGUGUUGAGAAAAAUAUCCACUUUUGAGUCAUAUAUUCAGGUUUUACCAAAAAAAUAUGAAACUAUAGACUAUUUUUCAUACAGUAUUUGCUGAUACAUUGUUUUACAGCAUGCAUCAUCCAGAGAGGUAUGUAUGUGUGCUGUGUGUAUGCUUCACUGUAUUGUGUGGAAUUUACUGCAUGUAUUAAAUUUGAAGGCUUGAGCACAACUUCAGUCUGAAUACCAUUAAACAAUAGCUGUUAUUUAUGAAGCUGCUCUAGGUAAAUGCAAAUUAACAAAAAAAUAUCUGCAAUUGAUCUUGUUUUGAGUUCUGUUGUAUUUGCUACCCCUCCCCCCUUUUACCUGUGAUAACGUUGUACAUUGGAUUAGAUGCUUGACAGAUAUGAAUAGCACGUGCUCAAAUAUAAUUUUAUGCAGUAUUGAAUGAGUGUUGUUUGUCUAACAAAAAAUGCAAGCAAGAAAUUAGGACAGGGACCAUAAUGUGCUAUUUGUUUCCAAGGAGUAUUUUCUUCCGGGGCUGCAGUGAUAACUUUCUCCCCUAUAAUGUUACUGAAGAAUGGAAUUCAGAAAUAAGCAGUAUUUGAACUUAAAGGACUAUUAUUUUAUGCUAAGUACAAUUACUGCUUACAUUCUCUGAUUAUUUGCAUAAUUUGCAUUGUUUAUGCUAGUCUAUGUAAUGUAUAGUUAUAUUGAAUAGAGUUGAGAAUUGGGAUGUAACAUCUUGCAAAGAGUUUUUAUAAACCCAAAGAUUUUAAAAAUAACUUUUCUUACUGUGCACAUACAAAUAUUCCCACUGUUAUUGUGUAGUGACUAAUUCAUCCUUUUUUAAAAUGAAUUCAUAGUUUGUUUAAAUGAGCCAAAAAUGUUUUUCAAAACAACGAACUGGAAAUCAUGUACUGAAAAAUUCAGAAUCUGCCUAAUAUUGCAGGUUUAGUAUUUGCUCAUGCCAUUUCUUGCAUACUUUUUUAAAAUUUCUUUUGUAAUGUAAAUAGGUUUUGUAUGAAAACAUUUCCCACUUGGCGCUCAUUAACAAAGCAAAGAAAAUCGAUUGUGUACUGUGUUAAUUUAAAACAGACUGUGUAUGAUACUUUUAUAUGGCAGUGAAUAGCAACUUUGGAAAGUGUGUUUGUGCAAAAUAAAUCGGAAAAAACAUUAUGAGAUUACUUGAAUACUCUGUGAUCUGUUGAUGCUAAUUUGGUUCUUUAUGUUAUAUAUUAUUUAUUUUUCAUUUAACUUCAGCAGUAGUGCAAAUUGUACCAGCUGUCUUGUAAUCCUGUCAGUGGAUUUUUUUAAUAAUAUGUACUAUUUUUACACUAGCAUUAUAUUCUAGGUACAGAUUUUUUUGUUCCUAGAUUUCAAACCAGUGAAACUUCACAUAGGUAACUGUUAGUAUAGUACCAGUAUCAUGGCUCAAUAUUUUAGAAUGAAAUUUUGAAUUUGAAAAUUUUUUGGAGAUUCGAGAGAGAACUCUGUAUGUCUGAUCGUAAGGAUGAAGAUGGAAAAAUAGUCUUGAUUUUGUAUUUCUCAUGUUUACACUUUAUAACUGUGAAGUAAUUUUCGCAAGGAAAUUCUGUUUUAUAUAUGAAGAUUAUAUAUAUUAUAUAUAUAUUUCUCUGUACGAAUGCCAGAUUACUUCAUUAUGGUUUCUUUACUUUGUAUGUUGAUGCAUGCAUUUUGUACAGGUAAAAGUGUGUUCCUUUGUCAAUGUGUAUUGCUGUAUGGAUGUUUGUACAAUGAUUAUAAAUAUAAACAAGAAGUAGAAUCAAAA